GAGAAGGAAAGAAAGUCCGAACAUAUUAAAGUGAGGGGCUUGAAAUCGUUGCCUUCGCACACCAGUACCCCUCUUAAGAGUGUAGCAUCAUCAAAAGCUGGAAAAGGCUCAGGGGCUAAAAAAAAACCUGGAAAGCACUAACAAGGAUAAAUUCCUUGAAGACAAAGCUCUUCAAAAUGAGGAUGACCAAGAGAUGGCAUUUUCAUCUGUAAUCAAACCAGCACCCCCAAAAGUGACCACAAGCAAAGUGCCCCCUAUGAAAGAUCCCAUCACAACCAAGGAGGAUGUGAAAGCAAGUGGGGAGGGACAGUCAGAUCCCUGUCAUCUACAAUUGCCAAGCACUCUUGCACUGGGAAAGAAUGAUUUAGUUGCCAGCACCACUAAAAAGGAUGAUAAAGGUUGUGCAGGUGUGCAAGAUAAAUUCCACACGCUACAAAAUGUUAAUGGAAAUGUGAAAGUCAGUGAUGGUGAUUCAGAAAAUCUGUCAUCAAAACCGAUUAAGGAUCACACUGCACCACCCAAGGCAAGAAAACUGUUACAUUAUGCAUAUGCUCCUGAGGAAUGUCACACAAUUUACAUUAUGUAUUUCAUUUCAGAUUUCUGUCUCUCGCGUUGCAAUCUUUAG